GGCAACUACUUCGCGCUGAUCGGUGACUGCAUGCAUGCGGCUGAUAGGCAGGUCUCCACGCCGUCCAGAACGGUCGCGUUCUGCGCCGUGUGCCGCGAUCAGUUCACCGCUCGUGCCGCGGCCGACUAAUCCAUCGCAACCGAGGAGCGUUCUGGAAGGUCGAGUCAUCUUUGAGUAGGCUAGGCUGGUAGUGAGGGUAUGUGAUGUCGUGAGAACUCUGAGUCGCGCGUGGACUGGCUGUUCCGCCAGCCCGCAAUAAUGCCUGCGCCCCGGAGCCCGUUACGUCUUAAACUGGAAUGCUGAUAUAUAACGCCGCAAUGACUGCUCUCGGCUCCGGCUCAGCGCACCCUGCUCUGGCGCCACAACUGUAUGCAGUCAGCGCCCCCCUGCAGCCUUGCAUACCCUCAAUCAGCCACACUACCAAUCCUUCUCUGCGAUGGACAGGGAUGCACGUCGUCAAGGCCGCUCAUACAUCCGCUGCCAUACCUGCCGCGUUCGAAGAGUCAAGUGCGACGGAGCCCGGCCUGCUUGUAACAACUGUGUCAGCACGCAUCGCGUGUGUGGCGGCUAUUCCACCUGGGACGUCUCACUCGAACCUCUCAACACAGAAACACCUCGACUGAACGUUGCCCAACGCCCUGCGGCUAUCGUUCCCGACCCGGGCUCAUCAUCCACAUCGACCACGCCGCCCCUCCUUCAAACAGAAAGCAUAAGCGACGAGGCCCGUCUCGCAUUCGACUACUUCCGACAUUACGCAUGCGCCCGAUACCUCGCGACGGGCUAUCCAAUCCUGUGGGCCACUUGUUCCAUGUUCGUCGCUCUUCAGGAGCCUGCUGUAUUCUACGCAGUCGUUGCAGCCGGUUUUGCACAACAAUCGGUGGAAGAUACACUACACACCACGCUUGCUCGACCCAUCGACGAAACCAGGAAGGCAUCGGCGCUUCGGUGGUACUCAAAAGCGAUCUCUUGUCUCAACGAGGCGAUGGGCGACGCAAUGGGCCGCCGCGGGUCGCUCGAGCCCAUCAUCUUGAGUUGCUUGAAUUUUGUGGUCUUUGAAGUGACCAUGGGAAAUCAUGUGAGCGCCAUGCGCCACGCUCGAGUUGGAAGGAACAUCUUGGACGAGCGGCUGCGUCAGCAGCAAAGUGGUUCCGCCACAUCGACGUCGUCGUCUGGUGUGAGUUCUCCGAGUCCUGGUGCAAUUUCGCGUGAAAGUGCUCCAGGAGGAGCGGACGACCGACCAAGCCGCUCCGUCGCCCCUGCUGGCCUUGGGGUCCCGUUGGAUUCACUAGCCGAGUUGAGAGCCUCUCUCGAGACUCUUACCGAUGCGGGCCAGAUGCUUCGUGAACAGCUGAUCGUCGCUGCCCAGGCGUCCGUCCAGCAGACACAUCCGACUCUGGACGCCACCAGUCAAUUCUGCCUGUCGCAUACCCGGAGUCGAACAAUGAGCAUCGCCACUGCACUCCAGACGAGAUUGCACGAGACUCUCAGUGCCUUCUCGGCCUGGGGAAACAGAUUCAUGAGCGUUUUCCGCAACAGCCACCCCAUCUCACGAGAACUGCUCUUCCUGCAAAUUCGCUUCUUCUACGCCAGCUCUACCAUGGUGAUGUGCAGGGCGGGCAGCGAGAAAGUCGCCGACUCUUUGGUGGACGAAUUCGUGCGCGCACUGGAGAGCGCGGAGAGGCUGCUCCGGACCGAGUUCGGCUGGCGGCAGCAGUCUGCAGCCGAAGCGACUGAGGAGCCGGUGGUGGUGGAGCUCAUGGAGAAAUUGACUCUGGCCGACCGAGCGUGUUCCGCGGCCAUGCACCAAGAGUCGCCCUACAUCGUCCCCGACGAAUCCUCCGUCCCUCCGGACAACGCACGACCCAUUGGCGUUUUUGGAUUUGGCAUUCUUCAUGCACUGUUCACUAUCGCGUGCAGGUGUCGAGCAUCGAGGCCGCGACGUAAAGCGACGCAGCUACUCUUGAAUGCCAGGAGAAUAGAAGCGGUAAACUCCAGCGGCACCUUGUCGAUGUAUGCAGAGGCCAUCAUUCAUCUAGAAGAGCUGCAGACGAGGCUGGUGAUCGGUCGGGCUUUUGGCGCCACCGAAUUCUAUGCCGAUGAGGUGCCAGAACAAGCCCGCUUCCUCGACGUUGUUGCGCGACCAGACCCAGAGAGGAGCGCGUACUUCCUGUUGACGUGCACGAGGCGAACAAGCCCAGAAGCUGGGGAAAUCGAGCUUCUUCAGUACGAGUGCAGCAACGACGGUGGGGAGCGCCGCCUUGUUCGAAGCGAAACCGUCCACAAUGGGACACAGGACAGCACAGCAAGCUAAUGAAAUCAGUUAAUUGCGGAAAGCAUCCACUUACCUCACUAGCAAAGUGCGAGGUCUAGAUAUGUACGGUCGCGAUGAGGUGCUAUACGAUAUGUCAAUGCUCGCUCUAAUGGCAGAUUGAGGUCAAUUCAGACGGCAGCUGAUGGCUGAGUGAUAAUGUAGAUUAGACGAAUUGAUGAAUGUAAACGAAUUUCGAAAGCCGUCAGACUGUAGAACCCUUUUGUCACUGCA